UUCAGUCCUGGCUAUGGGUUCUUUGCAGAUGAUCUUGAUCAAGUUGAGAUAAAGAAGACACUGCUGAUAGGAUCUGAGAGGAAGGAAACAGUGCAUCGUGCUGAGGCUCUCAAUGUGACAUUAUAAAUUGUCUUUCUGUAGACUGGCGUCCCAAACAGGUUCCAGAGAUGGAUUACCUUACUUUCCUCUUGGCUAUUCUUUAUGUAUACAAAGCUCGAUGUGAAGAGAUAUUUUGGGACACAACUGUUAAACUUGCUAAGAAUAUGGCCCUAGAAUGUGUGUAUCCAUCAAAGGACACUUUAACCCAGAUGGAGUGGUUCAAGAUCAAGACACUGGAGAGAGAGUCCAUAGCCAUUUUCAACCCUGCUUACCGUGUGAUCAUAAGAGAGCCGUAUGCUGAUAGGGUUUACUUUUCAAAUUCAACCACGGCCUCUAACGAUAUGACUUUGUCCUUCCAUAAUGCCUCUGAGGUGGACAUUGGCUUCUAUUCCUGCUUUCUUCAUACUUUCCCACAUGGAACCUGGGAAAAGGUGAUACAGGUGGUUCCAUCAGAUGGUUUUGAGACAGCUGUGCCAUCAAAUAGCCAGACAGUCUCAGAACCUGGAAAAAAUGUCACACUCACCUGCCAGCCUCAAAUGAAAUGGCUGUUACAAGAAGUUACAUGGGAAAAGAUCCAGCCCCAUCAGAUUGACCUCUUAACUAGCUGCAACUUGUCCCAAGGAAGAAGUUACACUUCAAAGUACCCAAGACAGAUACUGAGCAACUGCACCCAGGGAAUGAGGAGGGCCUUCAUCACCCUGCCCCACAUUAUGGCCUCUGACUCAGGACUCUACCGCUGUGGCUUCAAAGCCAGCACAGGAGAAACUGAAACCUUCGUGAUGAGACUGAUCGUAACCGAUGGUAAAACCAAUAACCAAUCCAUCCUCUUCAUGGCUGCGGGGACAGCUUUGUUGUUGCUGUUGGUUAUCCUAAUUACCACCGUCAUUGCCGUUCCUUAUAAGAGAAGGAGAAGGAGACAGAAAAGAGGCCUAUUUAAAGAGUACUGGGACACACAGAAUAGGGCAACCAACAACUACAGAAGUCCUGUCCCUGUCAAUCAACCUUCAGAUGGUGCAGGAGAGGAUAUUUAUGUCAACUACCCAACCUUCUCUCGUAGACCAAAGACUAGAGUCUAAGCUUUUCCCUUAAUCUGAGCAUAUUAAUGAUGACUAUUAUGCACAUGGGUCUUUAUACAAUUUCUUCCCACUAUUUAGUGUCUACCUUGGAUACUAGUUGACCAAAUUUAUUUCACUUGGCAGGAAAAAUACUGCCUUAACUAGAGAGCAUUCUUAACAGAAAUGUUUUAGAAAACCUGACUCUAAUUAGCUUACACAUAAAAGGAAACUUAUUGAAUCAUGUAAUGGAACAAUCAAGGGGAGCUCAAGCUUCAGGCAAGGGUUAUU